AUGAACUCGGACAAAACUAAUAUUCUUAAAAAGUACAAAAUUGUCUUUUUAGGAGAUCAAAGCGUUGGAAAGACCUCUCUAAUCACACGUUUCAUGUACGACACCUUCGACGAAACUUAUGCCACAACAAUAGGGAUUGAUUUUUUAAGCAAAACUAUGUACCUUGAAGAGGGAAAGACGGUCAGAUUGCAAUUGUGGGAUACUGCUGGACAAGAGAGGUUUCGAUCAUUAAUACCCUCGUAUAUUCGUGACUCGCAUGUGGCUGUAAUAUGUUACGAUAUCACUAAUAAGAAGUCAUUUUCAAAUCUCGACAAAUGGAUAAAAGAUGUGAAAGUGGAGAGGGGUGAUGAUGUUGUUAUUGUGCUAGUUGGCAACAAGCUGGACUUAGCUAGUACUAAGCGACAAGUGAGUGUGGAAGAAGUUGAGCAAUUGCAUAAUAAAAUUGGGUCCAAGUUUUUUAUAGAGACGUCAACAAAGGCUAAUCACAAUGUCAAGCUAUUAUUCAAGAAGAUUGCACAGUCGUUGCCAGAUUUCAAUAAUGAAGAUGAAAAUGAAAACGGGGAACAAUCGAAUGCAGAUAAACCGGAAACUAUAAAUAUAACGAUUGAAAAUGACGAAAAGAAUCAAGGUACGAGCUCAUGUUGCUAG